ACCAAGCCCAGCUCUAGAACCCAGAUGAGCUCUGAGACCAUGCCCAGCUCAAGAACCCAGAUGGGCUCUGAGACCAUGCCCAGCUCGAGAACCCAGAUGGGCUCUGAGACCAUGCCCAGCUCGAGAACCCAGAUGGGCUCUGAGACCAUGCCCAGCUCAAUAACCCAGAUGGGCUCUGAGACUGAGCCCAGCAUAGAGACCAAGCCCUGUUCUAAAACUCAGGCCAGCUCCGAGGCCAAGCCCAGCUCUAGAACCCAGAUGGGCUCUGAAACCAAGCCCAGCAUAGAGACCAAGCCCUGUUCUAGAACUCAGGCCACCUCUGAGGCCAAACCCAGCUCUAGAACCCAGAUGGACUCCGAGACUAAGCUCAGCUCUAGAACUCAGAUGAACUCUGAGACCGAGCCCAGUAUUGAGACCAAGCCCUGUUCUAGAGCCCAGGCCAGUCCUGAGGCCAAGCUCAGCUCUAGAACCCAGAUGGGCUCUGAGAAUGAGCCCAGCAUUGAGACCAAGCCCUGUUCUAGAACUCAGGCCAGCUCUGAGACCAAGCCCAACCCUAGAACCCAGAUGAGCUCUGAGACUAAGUUCAGCUCUAGAACUCAGAUGGGCUCUGAGACUAAGCUCAGCUCUAGAACUCAGAUGAACUCUGAGACCAUGCCUAGUAUUGAGACUAAGUCCUGUUCUAGAGCCCAGGCCAGCUCUGAGACCAAACCCAGUUCUAGAAACCAGAUGAGCUUUGAGACCAAGCCCAGCUCUAGAGCCCAGAUAAGUUCAGAGACCAAGCCCAGCAUUGAGACCAAGCCCUGUUCUAGAACUCAGGCCACUUCUGAGGCCAAGCCCAGCUCUAGAACUCAGGCCAGCCCUGAGACUAAGCCCAGCUCUAGAACCCAGAUAAGCUCUGAGACCAAGCCCAGCAUUGAGAACAAGCCCUGUUCUAGAACUCAGGCCACCUCUGAGGCCAAGCCCAGCUCUAGAACCCAGAUGAGAUCUGAGACCAAGCCCUGCUCUGAAGCCCAGGCCAGCUCUGAGAUGAAGCUCAUCUCUAGAAUCCAGCUGAGCCCUGACAACAAGCCAAGCUCUGGAACCCAGACAAAUUUUAAGACCCAGACCAGCUUGGAGACCAAUCCCAGUUCCAGAAUCCAGGCUAGUUCAGAGACCAAGCCCUGCUUGAAAACUCGAGCUGACUCUGGAACUCUGGACAGCUCCACAAUGCAGCCACACCUGGACACUCGGUCUAGCUCCAGAACCCCAGUUAAUUUUGGAACCCAUGUGAGAUUCAUGAAGCAACCCAGCUCUGGAACCCCAGCCAGCUCAGGAUUCAGAGACAGCUCCGAAACCAAAUCCUAUUCAAGAACUCAGACCAGCUCAGAAACCCAGGUCCACGCAACUGCCCAGUCCAGAUCCCAAGCCCAGUUGCGUCCAAGCACCCAUCCCCACCCUGCAGCCCAGUCCAGCGCCAGUGACAAUUCCAGCUCUGAGACUGAGCCCAGCUCUAGAACCUCACCUAGUGCUACAACCAGGCCCAACUCCAGGAUUCAGAGCAGCUCUGGAACCUCAUCCAUCUUGGAAGCAAGGCCCAGCUCCAGCACACAGCUUGGUGCCAAGCCCCACUCUGCCUGCAGAAUGCAGGUCAGCUCUAGAAUGCAGACCAAUUUCAAGGCCUGGCCAAGCUCCAGCCCAGACACUGCACUCAAUUCUAGAACUCAGCUCAGUUCUGGAGCACAGGCUGGUUCUGAAAUCCCGGCCAGCUCCAAAAUACAGACAGUGGCUGAGACCCAGCCAAGUUCCAGAAUCCAACUAAGCUCGGGAGUCCUACCUAGUCCUGGGACCCAGGCCAUUGCAGCAACAGAGUUAAGCUCCACAGCCCUGUCUAGUUCUGACAGCAGGCCCAGCUCCAGGACCCAGCGCUGCCCAGGAGCUCGACCAGCCUCUGGGACUCAAUUCGCCUCUAAAACCCUGCCAGGUUCUAGAUACCAGCUCCAGACCACAGCCCCAGAGAGCUCUGGUAUUCAACUAGACUUUGGGGAGCAGACCAGCUCUGGAAGUCAGCCUAGCUUUGGAACUCAGCCCAGCUCUGGGACCCAGAUAAGCUCAAGAAUUCAAGCCAGCUGUGGAAGUCAGCUUAGUUCUGGAACGCAGCUGAUUACUGGAGCCCAUCCCAGCUCCAGAACUCAGACCGGUUCUGGAAACCAGCUCAGCUCUGGGACCCAGGCCCGUGCAAGAAUUCAGCUCAGCCUCGGAGCUCAUCUUAGCUCCAGAACCCAGUCCAGUCCUGAGACUGGGCUCAGCUCUGAGGCUCAGCCCAGCUCUGGAACCCAGCUCAGCUCUGGAACCCAGCUCAGCUCAAGAAUUCAGCCCGACUCCGGAGCCCGCCUUAGCUCCGGAACCCAGUCCAGCUCUGAAACUGGGCUCAGCCCUGAAACCCAGACUGGCUCAAGAAUUCAGCCCGGCCCUGGAGCCCACCUUAGUUCUGGAACCCAGCCUGUUUCUGGAACCCAGUCCAGUUCCAGAACUCACAUCAGUUCAAGAAUCUGGCUGAGCCCUAGAAAUGGGCUCUCCCCACAGACCCCUGGCCUUGACCCUAGAAUCCAGCUUGAGGCCCCUGCUGCAACCCAACCUCAGGCCCCAGGCCCACCCCCCAGAGACCCCACCCCAGCCCCUAGCAAAGACCCCCAGCCUCUGCCUCAGCCCCAAGGUCAGGUUCGUGGCACCCAGGCCAGCCUUGGCCCCAUCCCAGGCUUAUCCCUCGCCUCCUACCUGGCCCCUCAGCCACAGGUCUCCUCAACCCCCCAGAAGCCAGCCGUCUCUCCCAAGCCCCAGGUGGGACCCCAGAAAUCCACCCCACCCACCAUAUCUGUCACUCUUAGUCCUGCCCCCAGAGGCCUCCUGAGUUCCCAGCUGUCUGAGUCCCCAGCUCUGGCGCCUGCCCCUUCCCCAACUCUGGAGGAGCCAGGGCCCCACCCUUACCGCGGGGGGUCGUAGCUUGGCUGUGACCUAGCCCUGGCUCAUGUGGUUCUCACCCUCUCCUGUCCCUCCCAGCCUGGGCCCCCCAGAAGCAGCAAGUGACCUUAUUUCCCCAGCAGGCGGUGGGGGGUGUGUGUGUGGUGGUGAAAACAGGGGCUUCGGUUUCACCGGCCCUGGCUCAGAUCCAGGUCCUUGGAGGGAAAAGGAGGGCAGGAGAUGGGUUGCACCGCAUGUACCCUGAGGGCUCAUGGUGAAUAAAGGCAGCUUCCGUCUCUGCA